GGCUCGUGACGUAAACAAACACUGGCAUGUUUUAGACGGUGCACUGUUUCUCGGACCGCAGCUCAGCUGAUCGUGACGCACCGCAUUCGUGGCACAGGGCAAAGGACAGCCGCUUAUAGACGCUGGGUUUCGGUUUGACGCUGAAGCAGUACUGAAGCCUAGUGUGGUGACGGUAAAUGGCUGAUUCUGACAAUCCGUACCCACGCGUACUUUAAAAGAGCGUCAGUUCCUGUGAUCCGCGUCUUAGGAGUCGGGACGGACUAGAGCUUCAGCGAAAUAUCCCAGCACUGUUUACAGUAGCACGGCUCCUCCUGGCUGAAUAUACUUCUAAAAAAGGUGGACAUAGCCGAAGGCCGCAAUGGUGGAUUACUAUGAUGUCCUGGGAGUGUCACGAAAUGCUUCUCCAGAUGACAUCAAGAAAGCUUACAGGAAACUGGCUCUACGGUGGCACCCUGACAAAAACCCAGACAACAAGGAAGAGGCGGAGACUAAAUUUAAGGAGAUAGCAGAGGCUUAUGAAGUUCUGUUAGAUAAAAGCAAACGAGAUGCUUACGACAGAUACGGUAGAUCGGACAUGCCAAGCUCAGGCUCUGGAGGUUCUUCAUUUCCUGAUGACUUCCCAGGAUUCAGCUUCACAUUCCGCAGCCCAGACGAUGUGUUUCGAGAGUUCUUCGGAGGGCAGGACCCAUUCGCAGACUUCUUUGAUGAUUUCCCAUUUGGUGGAAUGCACAGUGGGUUUCACAGCUCCUCCUCCAGGCUUGGGCCCAGUCGCUUCUUCUCCUUCCCCUCAGCAAAUACUGAUUUCACCUCCUUCUCUUCUUCAUUGGGUGGGAUGGGAAGCAUGGGAGGAGCAAACUUCAAGUCUGUUUGUACUUCCACCCGCAUUGUCAAUGGAAAACGCAUUACCACAAAAAAGGUCCAGGAAAAUGGCCAGGAGAGAACCGAGGUUGAAGAGGAUGGGGUUUUGAAAACUGUCCUCGUAAAUGGUGUGGAAGAUGAGAUUGCCUUAGCUCAGGAACGGAGUCGUAGAGAGCCUCCCAGACAAUCCCAGCAUGCACUGCUCCGCCCCUCCAACAACAGCUCUCCUAAUCCGGCUAUACGCUCCUACAGCGCCACCCCAUUCUGCCACUGCCCUGAUGCUGGUGAAGAUGAGGAGGACGAAGACCUGCAGAUGGCGCUGGCCUACAGCUUGUCAGAGAUGGAGGCCCAGCAGAGGGCAGAGGACGUGAUCUCAGGUGCUGGGGGAGGGAGGGGGAAGCAACCAGGUGGUGGGAAGGGUGCUGUUCAAAAAAACAAAUGUCAGAGAGAAGUGCUGGAUAAUUCAGAACAAAGCACCCCUUCGUCUCCAGAGGAUAGACUGACAGAACAGGGUCGGGCCAGAGGUUCAGAAAGUGUUGUUGUACAGAACAAGGAGAAUGAUAAAGUGGCGGCCAAUGGGACUAAUGAGGUAAAAAAGAGGAGGAAGUGUGUGGUGUGUUAGUAAGAAUAUGGAGAAAAUCAUGCUUCUGUGUGAAAUUAACCUUAUGUUUUCAUCUUAUGGUUGUUGUUGUUGUUUUGUUUUGUUUUCUUCCUGAAGUUUUUGACUUACAGCUCUGUCUCUUAUUGCAUUGCACAAAGUUGACUGAUGAAAUUGUAUUUUCUCGCAUUGAGGUAUGAGUAACAGGUGCCAAAAUGUGUUUAUUCACCACAAAGUCAGGACAUUUUAAAGGAAAUUUUGAAGGAACUGUAUGCAAUAUUUUAGAAUUCCAUGCACAAAAUGUCCUGCUGUCUGACAGGUAUCACUGAAAUAGGUGUCUUGGGAUAUCAUUUGGCAGCCUUCAAUCUGUAAACGGUAAAAAUAGUAAAAUCACUUUUGUAGCCAAUUAAAAACACUGCCUCUGAAUCACUUUGGAUCGCUUGCAUCAGGUUGACUGACGUGUCUUUACAGGGUUUGAUUUUGGGAUUUUGGAGAACAGGUAAUUGGUUAAUGAAAGUUAGCAAAAAGGUAAAAGUUAACUUAAUGGCUGAAAUCUAUUACAGCACCUUUAAAUCCGAUAUUCAACAUGACUUUUUGCUGCCAAACCAAGAUAAAUGCUCUGUGCUUACAUUUUCACUUAGAUGAAAUAUAUUGCUACUGAGUAAGUUUCUGAACUCUAGACAAGUGGUUCCCACAGUCUUGGAGAACCUAGAUAUAUGAGGUAGCCUAAUUUUAAAAGUGUGAUUUCUAAACUUGGAAAAGUAAUGUAAAUUAACUGUAAAACUCAUGGU